CAAUUUUUAUUAAACUUAUUGGGGUCAGUUCAUGGAUUCAACUCAAUUGUGUGGACUGGAGAAAAAAAAACAGAGAAAGAGACAGCAAAAGGAAUCUACAUCACAUUAUUUACAAGAUGUCUAUCAAUCGAAUUAACUUAUGAUGGGAUUUGUGAUAAUUACGAUUGACAAUUUGCCGUGAGUCGCGCCUCAAAAAACAAGGUGAAAGCAUUGAACUUCAGAUGGAGCGUGUUUUAAAAGCUGUUCCAGUGGAUUUAAGAGUUAAAAUGGAGGCAUUGGUGCAUGAUUUGACGCUUGCUCUUGAGGAGAGCAGCACCGGCACUAACGUCAGGAGAAAAUGGGGCUGGAGAAGGAGAGCUCGUUCCACGGGAAACAUUCGUAAGUCUUCCCUUAGCACCAACAAACAUUCCGACGACAGUUCUUCGUCGAUUUGCGACUCCCGAAUUCCGAAAACGACUUCAACAUCGAAGUACCAAUCUGACAGUGAUGAAACGAAUCAAACCAAGAGAUUCGCGCGCUUCUCAAAUCUCAAUAACGCCAGCAACAUUGAAAGUGAUUCAGUAAAUGAAAAUUUUGUACCUCGUACGAAUAUAAAGCGAAAAAGAAAAUUCAAAAGAAUGACUGUGGAUUCAGACUCGAAUCCUUCGACUUCUCAGACUAUGACACUCAUCACGAGCUCCGUGGGAACGAAAAAAAGAAUUUUUCGAAAUGAUUUCGAAAACCGAUACGGAACGAUAUGGUGUGGAAAGCGAAAAAGAUCCUGUAGGGAACGUUCGAUAGAUUGGGAAAUGAGAUCAUUGAAGCCAUCGAGAAAUUCUAAGUCGAAAAAUCGAGGAAAAAUUCUUCACGAAGACGCGAUGGAUUGCUCGAGAAUAUCGAGCUCAAGCAUCUCUUCAAGCGACUCAGAAGCUGGAAUAAUAACCAAUGACGAGGAUCGAGAAGGUGACGACGAGCAAUCGGAUUGGGUGGGAGAUUCGAGCUUGUGGGAAGAAGCAGAAUCGACGGUCGAGGACAAAGUAGCGACAGAUCAAGCAUUUCAGGCGAUAUUGCAAGGAAGUUACGAGCAUUUGACGGACGAGGCAAAGAAGAAUUAUCGUCAGAGAAUUCAAUGGAUAAGAGACGUGCCAAACGGUCGUGAAAUUCGUGCUGGUCGUCGUCACGUCGACAAUACGCCGGGAUAUUCGAUAAUAACCUCGGCAAAUGAGAAAGUUUCGAGAUUUCUGCAGGAUCCUUCGCAGAGUGAACUCAAAUUACAUCCGGUUUGUCAACCAGAACGUGAAAAAUUACGUCGUCUCGCGAAUCUUUAUAGUUUGAGUUUGAAAGGCGAUUUGAAUUGUCCAGUUCUGUACAAAACUCGUCACACGACCCAAGCUAUUUGCGUCGAUCAGGUCACCCUCAACAGGUUUUCCGACUAUAAACGACUUCGCAAAACACCUCCGAAUUCACCCAAUCCAGAUUCAUUGCUUUUGAAUGCUGAAACUCAAGUUUCUGCUCCUAACAUUGGGCUCAAUCAAAAUAUUGGAUCUAUGCAAAAUUUGGCACAAUCCUCGCACUACGAGUGGAUAAUACCUGGACCCGAAACUGAAAUUCAACACAAAACGAAAUUUCACAAUUUCGAACACUCCAAAUCAAGCUGAAGGGAUGGAAUAACCUCGCGCCUCUCGUGUAUCAUUUUCGUAUUGUUUUUUUUUUAAGCAACGGCUAUUUUCUUGUCGCAAAUCUUUGACCUAUUCAGUUUUUUUCGAACUAAUAUCGGAACACAAUUUUUUUACACUCAACCGAAUCAUUUUGAGUGAAUGUUACACGUUAAUCGUGAUAAGGAUACAAAUCUGUAAGAGACUAUUUUUGCUUACAGAAUUUCUGACUUUCUUUUUAAAAAAAUGUUCCCAAAGUCAUUCUUCAGAAUGAAACGUUAACUUUCAUAGUUCUAGAAAACUAUAUGAAUUUGAAAAAAAUAAUAUUAGACUGAGGAAAAAGGUGUAUGAAAAAUCGUUACAUCACUUUUUUCUUUUCUUUGGUGGAAAGAAUUUCGAACGUUAUUCUUCGGGAUGAAACGUUAUUUUAUCAUUGGUCCAACAAACACGAAUUUGGCGGGAAGCAAGUUAUCGAUGGUGUAAACAUGUAAAUUUUUAUGAGAAAUCCGUUUCUUCAAAUUUUUAUGUAACUUAGAACUUUAAAGUCUAGUUGAAUUAUUGGUAAAUACGGUAAAAAUUCAAAAUGUAAAAAUUUUACACUUUAUACUAUAGAACAUUUUUCAUGAAUAACAAUGAAGAUAAUUUGAGUCAUAUCGAAAAAAAAAAUUAGGGCUUCGAGCUCAUUGUCCAAAUCUUUUAGAGACUUAGUCGUACGUCAAAAGUUGUUAACACGAACAUUGUUUGUUGUGCAAUUGAAAAUCCGCUGACUCUGCAAAUGGUAGUUCAUGAAUUUGCGCUAACGACUUUUGAAACGGCCUUUAGAAUGUAAGAUAGCGGUAGUAAAUAAAAUGCAGUGAAUCAUCAUAUAAAAUAAAUUAUAUAUGGAAAACACAA